AUGAAGAGCAGCAGCAGCAGCAUUGAAGAAGGCGACGGUGCUCCUCUUCUCACUCGUCUCCCGCCAGACAUGAUAGUGGGGAUACUGCUGAGGCUGCCGAUGAAGUCAUUGGGCAGAUUCAGGUGCGUUAACCGUCUGUCGGACUCCAUCAUCUCCGAUCCCCAAUUCGUCUCCUCCCACUUCGCUUGCUCCUCCGCUCGUCCCAAACUGCUGCUUUCUGUGGAUGACUAUGAAAAGGCGAGUGAUAGUGCUUCAGAAGUGCGAGUAAAAAUGUUCUUCUCCACGGACUAUCCCGAGAAUUCGGAGGACCUGUGCCAGGUUGCGAGCUACCAUGGCCGAAUUACCCCCAUGGACUACAAUAUUCGAUGGUCUGUGGGUGGCUUGAUCUGCAGUAAAGCUGAAGAGGGAAUCCAACUUUGUAACCCUAGCACCGCAGAGUGCAUUACCUUUCCGAAGCCCUACUAUGCUGACUCCUUUUUAGGGUACGAUCCCGUCGAAAAGAAGCACAAGAUUCUGAAAUUCACCUUUGCGGAAAAGGAGGUGGAAAUUUUAACUCUCCGCGAGCAGGAGUGGAGGAGGAUGAAUCCCUGUCUACUCGAUUUUGAAUCUUUUGAAGAUGAUAGUCUGUGUAUUGAGAGGUUCCAGUAUCUUAUUGGUCGGACUGAAGCUGGUAAGGCUUAUUUAGUGGAGUUUAAUGUUAGGUUGGAAAGUUUUCGGGCGGUUCCCUUGCCGGAAGAAUGCGAAUAUUAUUCUUAUAUGUGUUUGACGGAAUUCGGCGGGCGUGUCGCUCUAUUUGAUUAUGGGGAAGCCAUUGCCGAUGGUCUGCAUGGCGAAAUUAGAGCGUGGGUAUUGGACGAUCUACAUAAGCAAGUUUGGAGCUGCCAAGCCCGUAACCCGUCUCCUCACUUGGAUGAUACUCUUCCUAUUAGGCUACGUUGGGUUGGCGUCACUCACGCAGUUCGCAAUCGGUCUUGCAGCUUCUUCCAUGCAUUUAUCACAUUUGCAACCGGCAAUCUCCCCACCGCAAGCUCCAUGACUGUACACGAUAUGCCCAGGGUUUUGUGGAUCAGAGAUGCAAUAGUGGUUGUAACCCAGUUGGGACGUGUGGCUAACGCGGUCAUCGAACACAGAAGAUAA